CGUCAUGAGCGUGCGCCGUGUGUGAUUCGGCUGAAGAAAGUCUGACUGACUCCCUCACCAGAGAUUUACUUUGGGUUUAUAUUUCUAUCUUUUAAAUUCUCAUCUUAAACAGAACGCAGAGAAAAACUUAUUCUGAAUCAAUUGAGAUCCACGUGAUAAAGAUGGAGUUUAUUAAAGAGGAGAUUGAAGACGUGAAGAUUGAAGAAGCUUUCAGAAUCAAACAAGAAGAUACUGAGACACAAACAGACCUGAUGCUGCUGAAAAUUGAGAGUCAAGAAUUCGAUGAAGUGGAAGAGAAAAAUCUGUGCGAGAUAAAACGUGAUUUCAUGACGGGAGAAAAACCCAGACAGACUGAAAAGAUUUCCUCCCGAAAAAGAGCUCAGAAGACCAAACCUAAUCAAACACAAAACCUUGAAACCCACAAGAGUGUUCACACUAAAAAGAUGUUUGUAUGUGAUCAGUGUGGAAAGAAUUUCUCAAAAAAGAAAUGCCUUAAAAUACAUGUAUUUAUUCACUCCACGGAGAAACCUUUCACGUGCAACCAGUGUGGAAAGACUUUCAAAUUAAACAAAUACCUUUCGACUCACAUGAGAGUUCACACAAAAGAGAGGCCUUUCACCUGCAAACAGUGUGGAAAGAGCUUUUCACAAGAAGUGCAUCUGAACACUCACUUAAAAGUUCACUCUGGAGAGAAGGCGAUCACAUGUGACCAGUGUGGAAAGAGAUUCACACGUAAAGGAGAUCUUAAUACCCACAUGACCCUUCACACAGGAGUGAGACCUUACAUCUGUCAAGUGUGUGCGAAGAGGUUCUCAUGCAAAGGAAAUCUUAACACUCACAUGAGAACUCACACUGGAGAGAAGCCCUUUAUAUGUGACCAGUGUGGAAAGAGUUUCAGAUUUAGAGCAACUCUUAGCUACCACAUGACUAUUCACUCAAGGGCAAACUCUUUCAUCUGUCAUCAGUGUGGAAGGAGUUUUACAGACAGAGAUGAUCUUAAGACUCAUGUAAUGACUCACACCGGAGACAAGCCCAACAUGUGCCAUCACUGUGGAAAGAGUUUCUCAAAGCAAUUCCUCCUUAAGAAUCACAUUAGGAUUCACACUGGAGAGAAACCCUUCACCUGCAAACAGUGUGGAAAGAGUUUCGCCAUUAAAGUAAACCUACAGUCUCACAUGAGGGUUCACUCUGGAGAGAAGCCGUUCACCUGCCAUCAUUGUGGAAAGAGUUUCAAAAUUAAAAGAAACUUUAACAGUCAUGUGAGCCGUCAUGUGUAAAAUGUAUUCAGCCAUCGCACUUGAUGCAUCUGUGCAUGUGUUUGAGACGCUAUAUGUGUCGAAGGAGUUUUAAAUGACAUAAAUUGCAAGACUUGAAUUGUGCUUGUCAGAUAAGGAUAAGGCAUGGGGGGAAAGCCCUUAGAGAAAAGAAAAAUUACCUUUUAGUUUUUUCUCUAGUUUCAGUGAAUCUUGGCUUCCGUCGACAUUUUACUGAAUAUACCUGCUUUGCUCCACUGCCUCUGUGCUGUAGAUCAUUGGUCUUCAACCCUGCUUCCACCACUUGUUGCAUGAAGCUAGAUUAACUAAUUCAGAGUAGGUUUAGAGUUGACAAAACCAAGCAAAUCCAACUUCCAACACUCGAUAGGUCUAUAAAUGUUAUGUCAUCUCAGCGUUUGGACCUGAUUAUGUGAUUAACACUGGAGUGCUGACAGCUGAAACCAGGGCUGGGAAUCGAUUACAAAAAGAAUAGAUUCCGAGGUGUUGGGAAUCAAAGGAGAAUCGACUCCUCAUUCAGUCUUUUACAGUUCAACAAAGCUUAUAUAGAGUCCUUUAAAAGAAAGGCUACAUCUGACAAAGGCUGCACACAUUUAAAAUCACAAAAAUAAGCCGAAAGAAAACGAGUCGGUACUGAUCAUUUGAAUUUUAGGAUGUAGUUUUCCAUUUCAGAAGCACAAUUCUCCAAAGCCGUAAUUACAACAAGGUUAUUUUUACAUUUUAUAUAAAAGAAAAAAAUGUAUAGAUUCGGAGGAUAUUUUAUGGUAGAACUGGUCCAAAAUUAUCCUCAAUAUUGAGCCCUGCUUGACAGAACAGAUCUUGACAUCAUUGAGGGUCUUGAUCUUAUUACCAUCUGAAAUACUAUUAUUUAAAACGUUUCUAUCAGCCAAUGAAAAUUAUAAAAGAAUGUCAGUGGCCGAGAGCGCAUCUGAUUGACAAAUAAACCAUGAGCUCUAUCAGUCAUUAAUAUUCAGGUUAUUUUGUUUCAGCAUACAGUUUGUUAAUAUUGUGCAAAGUAUACAAAGUAAACUUCAUCAUUCAGCUGAACUGUGCACAUUUAUUUAUUUUACAAACAAAGCUUCCUGUUAUAGGAAGGAUACAUUAUUUGACCUAUUCUGCAGUAAUCAUGGUGAGAUUAGGUUCCUUCAUUCUACAAAUAACAGUGAGGAAUCGAUUCUUGCAAUCUAUUCCCAUCUAUUCCAGGACCAGGAAUUGUAAUCGAUUCCAUAACAGCCCUACCUAAAAUAAAAUGGAGAGCCUCAGUUUGAUAAUCUUCUCUGCUGAAGAUUAGGAGAUAUUAUUACCCAUGUAAUUGACAUUCUGCCCGUUUGCUUUUAAUUUCAUGGACUUUUAGUAUGUAUAUCCUCUUGUAACCUGUUGUAUUUUCCUGCCAGACAUUAGUCACUAUGGCUACUCAUUAACUAGUCCUCUUUGAGACCAUGCAUUUUAAGUCCAGGAUCGUGUAUGGUUUCUGUUAAGAGCUAGAGUAUUGUAUCGUUGAUUCUUUUUUCUAUUGGAUUUCCUGAGUUUACUUUUAAUAAACCAGUGUAUUUAUAAUCUUCUUCUACCUUCAUCUUCAUUGGACUGAAAAUGUUCCCAAACAUGAAAAAGAUGAUGGAGAACACCUUUUUUUCAAGAUGGAAGGAACCGUGCUAGAAUCUGUCACUCUCUUCCAUCAUGGCACUUCUAACGACCUGUUCCUCAUGAGCUGAUUUUCCACUGUUGAGUGUGCCAAUAGCCUUGCACUUCAAGCUGCAAGCCCAAAAUCAAGCUGUGUUUCCACUGUUUGGACUAAGACUAUUAAAACCUGGCUUUAAAGGGGUCAUCAGAUGCUAAAUUCACUUUUACAAGAACAUAAAUGUGUGGUAGCAGUGCGUGUACACAUCUACCCUAUAAUGAUAAAAAUCCACCAAGUGGAUCAGGCUGUUCCCAGCUUCUUGUCUGUGUAACGUCACACGGACAGAGGCCCUUCCCGAAUUGUUGAUUGACAGUGCCUUCUUACCUUAGACCCGUCCCGAGUGAGCUGUCAUCAGUCUGCCAUUGUUUCACCGCCUGAGCAAAUGUAGACAAGAAUGACUCCUAAGUGAUCAAGGUGCUUUGUUGUUUGAUGUAAUAAUGAAGAUAGCAGAAGUAAUUUACUCCCAACAUCUGAGCUGCUGAAGAUGCAGUGGAUUACAUUUGUUUUUUAGUGGAAUGUGCCGAUCCUGAUGUACAUAAAUAAAUGUGUGUUUGUGC